AUGGGGAGGGGCGCGUGGGCGGUAGUGGGUCGCACAGCGCAGCGCGUGCCCGUGGGCGCAGGGCCCCAGCCGCCGCCGCCUCCGCCGACCGCCGCUGCCCGCGCGCCGCGCGGCGGCCGUGCCGGCGGCGACCCAGGGGCUCACCUCCGACUGGAAGUGGGGACGGCUGCGGGCACAACAAUCAACUACGGCCUGCGCGUCUCCAAGAGCUUCAUGGACGCGCCGCACGGCGGCGGCGAACGCGCUCCGACUCAAGACGCUGUCAAGCUUGCACACAACGACGGGCCGGCCGCCUGGCGUGUUUACGAGGAAUUUAGACGAUCAGUUUCACAGGACACUGACAUUGGGCAUUAUUCACAAAUGACUCGUUUUUUCAUACAACCUGAAGUAAAAUAG